AAGCCUUUAGUCCGUCUGUUUAUGAAUGACUUUUUAAUCAUCUCCCUGCAAUCCAAGUCUAUACGCCACGCCUACUUCGAGGAGCUUGUGAUCUAUUGGCUGAAAGAGACAAGAAUACCAGAUUAGACACCAUAUUUGCUGCACUUGAGUGUAUAUAUGACUAAACUCCCUCACAAAACGCAGCCACUUGUUGCUUUUAAACAGACCGUCAGAGAUUGCAUUGUGCGUUACUGUGAGAGCGUGGGCUCCAGAGACAAACAUUUGCCUUAAAGGCACUGGAGAUAUGAACACCAUCGACGCGCAGAUCCAUAACAAUAGUAACGCUGCUGUCAUCCCUCUCCAGCAACUGCCAAAAAGCGCGCACGAGACACCGGAUAUGGCCGUGUAUUGUGACAACUUCAGUGUUUACCACCAACAGAGUCUACCUGCGGCGCAGAGACCAGCGGGCUACGGCCUGGGGGACUACGCGACCCCAAACCCAUACCUGUGGCUCAAUGGACCCAGUGUUAACUCCUCUUCGUCUUACAUACAUGGCAACAACAGCCCGUCGUUCAUCCCUCCGGCUUACGGCUCUCAGAGGCAAUAUCUCACCAACUCCUCCGGGUUCGCCGGUCCGGACUUGGGCUGGCUCUCCAUCGCGAGCCAAGAGGAACUGUUAAAGCUCGUGCGCCCGCCUUACUCGUACUCGGCUCUGAUAGCCAUGGCAAUACAGAACGCGCACGAGAAGAAGUUAACUUUGAGCCAGAUAUAUCAAUAUGUGGCGGACAAUUUCCCGUUUUAUAAGAAGAGUAAGGCGGGAUGGCAGAACUCCAUUAGGCACAACCUUUCACUGAAUGACUGCUUUAAAAAAGUGCCGCGGGACGAAGACGACCCGGGCAAAGGAAACUACUGGACUCUAGACCCCAACUGUGAGAAGAUGUUCGACAACGGCAACUUUCGUAGAAAAAGGAAGCGCAGGUCUGACUCCAGCACAGGUGUUACCAGCAACGCAAAACUGGAGGAGGACCGACAGCUCGCAGGGCUCAAACCCACCAACAGCCCUCACCUCACCGGACCCGCAUCUCCUGACACUGAGGCGGCCAAUGACAGCCACAAGGGCGCCUCUCCGGCGGGCCUCGCCAGCACUCCGUGCUUCAACAACUUCUUCAACAGUAUGUCAGCCUUAAGCUCGUCUUCCACUCCGUCUAGCAGACAGGGCUCUCUGGGACUUGUAAACGAACUGUCCAGCCGAAAUAUCAGCGCCUUGAGCCCGUACCACGCCAGCUCAGCGCCUGACGCAGGUGGAGCAGGUGAGCUGCAGGACAGCGUGCAUGUCAACCGUGGAAUGUACUAUAACUCUUUUACCGGCGGCCAGAGCGCGCAGUUCAACGGACACUUCUACAACAGCUUCAGUGUGAACAGUCUCAUUUACCCUCGAGACGGAACGGAGUUAUGAAUCUGUCACUCGUGAAUACAUACGACGCGUUUCUAAAAAAAAACAAAAAACAAAAAGAGACUUAUUAGAUUUCAGCACUGUGUAUUCGCUGCUGUAAUGCGACAGGCCUUAAGCAGAUAACAUUCAAUUAAACGCAACAUUUACGCACUGACAGCCACCAAAUGAGUGAAAUCUGGAGUAAAACACUGGUCAAAACAAAUUUUAUUCUGUGAAAAAUCUAUCUAAUAGUUAUGCAUUGGAUUCUUUUAUGUCUUUUUUGAACAGAUUUCUAUAUUAUGUGCCUUUUUGUGUGAUUAUGCACUAAUUUAAAUGGAUUUAUCCUUUUAGUUUGCAUUUAUAAUAGUCUUAAAUAGUUUGAUGGGGGGAUUGCAUUGGUAUCCGUUGCCAAGUUUCAGUAUUGUUCAAUAUCGAAAAACGUUCUCUGUGUCUCCUUUUCCCUCUUCUACUGUGUAUUUUUUGUAAAUGCAGUUGUUUUAUUAUACACACUUUUUAUUAUUAUUUUUUUACUAUUUAUAUUAAGUUAUGUAUCUCGCAGUUUAUCCUUUAUGCAGAAAAAUAUGUGGUCUGGUAAGCUAUGAACAUAAAAGUAAGUAAGGUAAUAAGUGAAUUAUUAAUUGUCAUCAUUAACUCACUUGAUUUUUAAAUGAUAUUUCAUAGGUGAAGAUCUUUACACUGAUAAAAGUCACUACAUUUAUUAUUUUUCUGCAGUUUCUGCAAAAUAAUUUUUUUUUAAAGAAAAUAAAGA